UGAAUUUGCACCAACCACUCAAACUCCACCAGUAAGUCAAGCAUCGACUGACUCUUUAGCAAGUAGACCAAAAAGUCAUCAUUCCACUCACACUUAUACUUCACCAAGUGCUCCAAUACCGAUAGCAAGCCACCCUUCGACUCCGAGCGACAGUUCACCAAGUAAUCCAACAACUACAAUGAGUCACGCUUCAACUGACACUUUACAAAGCGGUACAACAUCAGCCACAAGCUAUGCUUCAGCUGACACUUCAGGAAGGGGCACAACAGCAGGAAAAACUCAGCAUUUCACUCGCACUUCACGAAGGCGCACAACAUCAGCAAAACAUCGUCGUUCUACUCACACCCAUUCUUCACCAAGUGCUCCAAUACCGUUAGCAAGUCACCCGUCGAGUCAGAGUGACAUUCCGCCAGUUGCUUCAACACCUGCAGUGAGUCUCGCUUCGACUGACAACUCACCAAGUGACGCAACAUCAGCCGCAAGUCACGCUUCAACUGACCCUUCACCAGGUAGCGCAACGUCAGGAAAAAGUCAUCGUUCCACUCACACUUCCACAGGUGCUCGAACACAAGCUCCAAGUCAUCCUUCGUCUGAGAGCGACAUUUCGCUAGUUGCUCCAACACCUACAGUGGGUCUCGCUUCGACUGACAAUUCACCAAGUAGCGCAACAUCAGCAAAAAGUCAUCCUUCUACUUAUACUCGUACUUCACCAAGUGCUCCAAUACCAGUAGCAAGUCAUCCUUCGAGUGCCAGUGAUGCUUCACCAAGUGGUGCAACAUCAGCAGGUGCAGCAUCGACCGACGAUCACGGUUCAACGAGUCAGAGAAUGACCACAACUACCGCUGGGAAACAUGCGACGACAACACUGCUUUUACCAACGUGCAUCGAGUAUUCUAGUAAUCAAAACAUCUCAUCCUUGUUUGCCAAUCAUCCACUAAUAGAACAAUCAACGAUUAGUAAUAUGUCAAAAUGUAUCUGUGCUUGCAGUCCCGGAUAUAGUUUGCGGCAGCAUUUUAGUUAUGACGAAGUAACACCUGAUCAGUCCUAUAGACAUCGUCGUUCAAGAAUUAAACUGGAUUCAGAUGGUAUUGAGGAUAUAUGUAAUAGUCCUAUCGAUUAA